ACGCUCAUCCAAGACCUCACUCAGCCUCUUCACUCCCAUCAUCAACUUGCCAUUAGCCUUCAACUACCACUUUACAAUCAUAUCUCUUCUGCUCUCAUAUACAUACAUACACACACACACACAGAUACAUCGUCGUCGGACUCCCUUGUGUUCUGCCGAUACCGAUACUCUCAAAUCAACACUUCAACCACUACCUCGCAAAACCUCCCACAGCCAAAGAUGUCUCUCGCUUCACAAAGGAGAGGGCCUUGGUCCCAACAGGAAGACGCCUAUCUCAUGCAGCUUGUCAACGACCAGGGCCCAUUGAACUGGGUGCGGAUUGCCCAAGCCCUGGGAACAAGGACACCGAAGCAAUGCAGAGAACGAUUCCACCAAAACUUGAAGCCCACCUUGAACCACGAGCCCAUCACUCCCGAGGAGGGUGCCCAAAUCGAGAUUCUCGUCAACGAGAUCGGUAAGCGGUGGGCAGAGAUCGCAAGACGGCUGCACGGCCGCAGCGACAAUGCCGUCAAGAACUGGUGGAAUGGAAGCCAGAACCGCAGAAAGCGUCACGAUCGUCGCAGGGCCAACCAGGGCAGCGGCUACGACGACCGCAGAUAUGGUCACUCUGGUUUCCGACCCACUCUCACCAUCAACUCUCAUGCCGCUUCCUACUCCCACACAAGACACGGCAUGUCAUCGCCUGUUUCUCCCGCCUUCUACACUCACAGCCACCCUUACUAUCAACUCGAGUCGCCGCUUCCGUCGCCCAACUCUACCUCUUCGCCCGGCAGUGAUGGUCUCGACGGAGAGACCUCCACGAUGUCCGAUGUCGCCUCAAGCUACACCACUUCCCCCCAAUGCCUGUCGCGCGGUACAUCGCCAUCCGUCCAACUGGCCCCGCUCCGCAUGGACGAGAGCUCUGCCCCUCGCUCGCUGCCUUCAUUCGGCAGUCUCCUCAAUGCCCCAAACGACAGAAAAGAAGCCGGUCACAUGCGCCUGCCCUCCCUUCCAUCGCACCUCCUCACAGCACCCAAUUCUCCAGUGAGGAGCACAGUUCAACAAGCUCUGCCGCCGCCCUCUCCUUCAGCUGCGGAUAAGGACUCUAGAAUGGAUGUUUCCGCGCUUCUGGGUUGAGCAAACGACGUGUUCGACAUUUGCUUUUGUCUACGUUGAGGUAUACAAUCCUCAUGUAUGCCAUAAUGUACCACUAAAGAGUACAUGGGUUCUGAAAGUGUAU